AUGAUUUGGUUGAAAAAAGUGAAUUUUGAAAACUGGCAAACCGACUGCAAGCGUUUGAACCGCAUACGAGCUCGCUGCAUCAUGCCAAUGUUUCAUAAAACAGGCUUGGUGCCGAUCAGACUGAGUCGUGAUGGUGGUCAAAGCUUCCCGUUUUUUGGAAAAUUUUAUGUCGGUAAGUGGUUUGGCGUAUGA